CAAAGAAAAGAAAAAAACACCUCCCGUAAUCCCAUCCCUCCCCUCGUUUCCCCGUCGCACGCGACCUCAGAGGCGAUGCGGCGGUGUUAGGGUUUGUGCCGCCGCCCCGUCCGCUCCCCCUCCGUUGCCGGCCACAGGCAAUAUCACGCCGCCGCCUGAUUUCUUAUCUCCCUCGCCCCCCAGCCCCCCACGCACACACCCUCCACGCCUCGUCCGCGACCCCUCGGCGACGGCGGCAGGAGGUCACCUCUGCUUCUUCACGACGACCUCCGGAAGCUGCCCGCCAGCCGGCCCCUCCAGCAACCUCCCAUCCGCGCCGGUUCCACCUCUCCCGAGCAAGGUUUUUUUGUAAGAAAAGAAGAAAAACAUAGAUGGAUAUCAUGCAGACUAGUGAUUCUUCACAUCAUGGAAUUGUAGAGAACAGCCCUUAUACAACUCCCUAUGAUAGACGUGUGGAAGGUGAUCAACUUGGUGCUUCGUGGUAUUUUAGUAGAAAAGAAAUAGAAGAGAAUUCCCUUUCAAGGAGAGAUGGUAUUGAUUUAAAGAAGGAGUCUUACCUUCGCAAGUCAUACUGCACUUUCCUUCAGGAUUUCGGGAUGAGGCUUAAAGUGCCCCAAGUAACAAUUGCUACAGCUAUAGUAUUUUGUCAUCGUUUUUUCCUUCGUCAAUCUCAUGCCAAAAAUGACAGACAGACAAUAGCCACAGUUUGCAUGUUCUUGGCGGGUAAAGUUGAAGAAACACCUAGACCCCUGAAGGAUGUCGUACUCAUCUCUUAUGAGAUCAUCCACAAAAAGGAUCCUGCUGCAGUCGCUCGAAUUAAGCAGAAGGAAGUGUAUGAACAACAGAAGGAACUUCUUUUGAUCGGGGAGCGCCUUGUGCUUGUAACACUUGGUUUUGACAUGAAUGUGCACCACCCUUACAAGCCUUUGGUUGAAGCAAUAAAAAAAUUCAAGGUUGCUCAAAAUGCACUUGCUCAAGUUGCCUGGAAUUUUGUCAAUGAUGGGCUACGCACUUCGCUUUGCCUGCAAUUUAAGCCCCAUCAUAUUGCGGCCGGCGCAAUCUUCCUUGCUGCAAAGUUCCUCAAAGUCAAGCUUCCAGCAGACGGGGAAAAGGUCUGGUGGCAAGAGUUUGAUGUAACUCCACGGCAGUUGGAAGAGGUUAGCAACCAAAUGUUGGAGCUCUACGAGCAGAACCGUGUUGGACCACCACCUUCACAAGGGAAUGAUACCGAAGGCAGCUCUGCAAGUGUGGUUAAUCAGCGUGCUCCUGUGAAAACUGAGGAGCCUCCUGCCCAUGAAACUCAUCAAGCACCUAGACAGUCGAGCGUACCAGGCCGUCACGGGCAUGACCACCCUCAGCCUGAAAAGCAGAACUCAAACCAGAGGAUACCCAAGAGUGAAGCAAGGGAUGGCACUACCAACAGCAAUGAAGGCACAAAUAUGUCCUCAUCAAUGAUGGAUGCGAUGAAAAAGAUAGAUAAGGAUAAGGUGAAAGCUGCGCUGGAGAAACGGAGGAAGUCGAAAGGCGAUGCUGGUAGGAAAGUGGACGUCAUGGAUGAUGAUGACCUGAUUGAGAGGGAGCUGGAACAUGGCGUGGAGUUGGCUGCCGAGGACGAGAAAAAACACGACAGAAGGCAGAGCUGGCCCCACCCCGCGCACCGGGAGGAUCACCAGAACACGGCUUGCAAGGCGGAGAACACCGAAGAGGGCGAGCUGUCCCUGGAUGGCCAGGAAUACCGCUCUCCUGGCCCCGACAACCGGAAGAGGAAGGACGUGCACGAGCACAGGAGCAAUGACCGCAGCGCCGAGAGAGACAUCAAGAGGCUGAGGCCAUGAGAUGAAGUAUUCAUUGUCGUCGCCCUGGCGAAGGUGAUCGGCGGUGAUGGACUGAGAACUGGUGUUUUGAGCGCCAAUGCGUGGUACCUAGUUUUUGCAUCGCGGGAACAUACAGGUGCUUGUUUGCCUAUGCUGGGAGAUUUGAAAUGUACUGUACUGUAACUUGAAAAGAUGAGGAGUAUGUACAUGUUCAGGUUAUGGAACAUUCGGCAGCCGUUUGGUGUUGAGGAACGAUAGGAAAGAGGCUGCAUGGCCUGCACCCGUAGGCUAUAUAAAUAGCAUUUUAAAUAUAUGGAUUCCAAGCAUUUGGAUUGGGACAUUUAUAUGGAUUUGAAACAAAUUUGUUUGGGACA